AUGAGCAACCCCGUCGACUCCAAGUCGCCCCGCGACGACGACCCGUCCAAGGUCGAGACCUAUGUCGCCGACCAUGUCGCCGACAUCGACGAGAAGAUGAAGCCCUCGCAGAUGAAGGUCGAUGCCAUGGAGGCCGAGCAGGCCGAGCAGAACAUGGGAGUGCUGGAGGCCGUCAAGCUCUACCCCAUGGCUUCUCUCUGGGCUUUCAUCAUGUCCACGACCAUCAUCAUGGAGUCGUACUGCGUCUUCCUCAUGGGCGCCUUCGUUGCCAUGGAUCAGUUCAAGAAAGAGUAUGGCGUCCGAGACAGUAAGGGCAAAGACCAGAUUGAGGCCUCGUGGCAGUCCGCGCUGCAGGUGGGCGGCCCCCUCGGCGCCAUCAUCGGCGUCUGCAUCGCCGGCCCCAUCACCAGCCGCAUCGGGUACCGCUGGGCCACCAUCGGCGGCCUCAUGCUCCUCAACGCCUUCAUCUUCGUCUUCUACUUCGCCAACUCGCUCGCCGUCAUGUUCGUCAGCCAGCUCCUCGAGGGCGUGCCCUGGGGCAUCUUCAUCGCCAACGCCCCGGCCUACUGCAGUGAGAUUGUGCCCAUGAGGCUGAGAGCCCCGGCCACCCAGAUGCUGCAGAUGUUCUGGGCCAUUGGCGCCAUCAUCGUCGGUAGCGUCUGCUACGUCUACGAGGCCAAGGCCGACUCUAGCGCAUACAGAGUCCCCAUCGCGCUUCAAUGGAUGUUCCCCACGCCCCUCGCCAUCCUCCUUUACAUUGCUCCCGAGUCACCGUGGUGGCUGGUUCGCAAGGGACGCAUCGAGGAGGCCAAGGUUGCCGUCCGCCGCCUCGGCCGUGCUGAGGCCAAUGCCAACCUCGACGAGUCCGUCUCCAUGAUGCGCCGCACGAUCGAGCUCGAGGCUUCCGAGAAGGAGCCCGGCUACCUCGAGCUGUUCAAGGGCACCGACACGUACCGCACCCUCAUCGUGUGUGGUGUGUAUGCCGCCCAGAACCUUACGGGUAAUCUGAUCGCCAACCAGGCCGUUUACUUCUUCAGACAGGCGGGUAUCGACUCGAACCUUGCCUUCGCCCUCGGUCUCAUCACUUCCGCCCUCCAAACCAUCUUCGUCAUGCUUUCCUGGAUCCUCACGACAUACCUCGGCCGACGCACCAUCUACGUCUGGGGCUCGCUGAUCAACGUCAUCUUCCUCAUCGCCCUUGGUGUCGCGGGCUCUGUCGGCGACUCCACGUCUGCCUCUUUGGCGAUGGCGUCCCUGGGUCUCAUCGUCUCGGUCGGUUUCACGCUGGGACCUGCGCCCGCUUCGUGGGUCAUCAUUGCCGAGACGUCGUCUAUUCGCCUCCGUCCCCUCACGACCGGUCUUGGACGUGCCGCCUACUAUGUCGUCAACAUUCCUUGCAUCUUCCUCUCCACUUACAUGCUCAACUCGACGGGCGUGGACCUCGGUGGCAAGUGCGGUUACGUCUGGGGCGCAACCGGUUUCUUCUGUUUCGUCGUCUCCUACUUCUUCUUGCCCGAGAUGAAGGGCCGGUCUUUCCGCGAGAUCGACAUUCUCUUCAAGCGCCGCGUCCCUGCUCGCCAGUGGAAGAAGACCGUCAUCGACAUCUUCGACGACGAGUAG